AAUAUGUAAUGUAGCCAAAGUACUUGCUGACUAUAUUUUCUUAUAGAAGAUAAUUAUUUGUACUAUUAUUUUAUUAAAAUGUUUAUGAAUGAUUCACUUUAUGAAGCAUAUGUUUAUGCCUUUGAUUUUAUUGUUUUAGGGUAUGUACCAAAAUGUGGUCGUCCUGGAGAACAGCCAAAUGCAUAUCCUCAAUCACUAGAUAUAUCAUCAGCAGCUAAAAGUUUGAUGAACAAGCUUUUUAUUGACACAGAUCAUAGACUGGAUUACCAACAAAUAUGGAUACAAGCUCUCCAUGAUAAAAUAGACUUGGAUAAUAUUAGAAAUGAUAGGCUAGAAGAGAAAUGUAAUAGGCUAGAAGCUUCUGAUAGUAGUCUGAGGUUUAUCGUAGAUCAGCAGAAUCUGUCACUAGAACAUAAAAAAGAAAUGAUAGAAAAACUUGAGCUUGAGAGUCAGACAUACCAGCGAGAGUUAAAACGUUUGAGCAAGCAGGUAGAAGUGCUAGUUGAGGAGCGUGCUGCCACUGAAUCAAAAACAGAACAUUUAUCGGGAGAGAUCAAUGACAAGCAGACAGAAGCAGAACUGAUAGUGGAAAAUUUACAUCAGCAACAGUUAGAAGAGUUACAGGGUGUGAUAGUACAGUUGGAAGAAGAGAAGAUGGUAUCUAUAAGGAAGUUAGCAGGACGAGAUAAACAGAUUACAUCAUACAGGGAACAAUUAGAGACCAGUCAGAAACAAGCUGCUAAUCUACAGCUUAUUUUAGAUGAGGAGAGAAUAAAGUCCAGGGAUGAUCAGAAACGAAAUUUAGUAUUGCUAGAAACAAGGGAGGUCCAGGUUGAAGACAAAAAUGCUGAAAUAUCUGAUCUUAAAAAAAGAAUUCUGGAAUUGGGUGACAAGAUUGAACAACAAGAAAGAGAGAAAGCAAACUUUGAGAGAAAGGAGGAGGACUUGAAGGAAAUUAUAGAGGAAUUGGAGGACAAGAUUGAACAACAAGAAAGAGAGAAAGCAAACUUUGAGAGAAAGGAGGAGGACUUGAAGGAAAUUAUAGAGGAAUUGGGUGACAAGAUUGAACAACAAGAAAGAGAGAAAGCAAACUUUGAGAGAAAGGAGGAGGACUUGAAGGAAUUUAUAGAGGAAUUGGGUGACAAGAUUGAACAACAAGAAAGAGAGAAAGCAAACUUUGAGAGAAAGGAGGAGGACUUGAAGGAAAUUAUAGAGGAAUUGGGUGACAAGAUUGAACAACAAGAAAGAGAGAAAGCAAACUUUGAGAGAAAGGAGGAGGACUUGAAGGAAAUUAUAGAGGAAUUGGGUGACAAGAUUGAACAACAAGAAAGAGAGAAAGCAAACUUUGAGAGAAAGGAGGAGGACUUGAAGGAAUUUAUAGAGGAAUUGGGUGACAAGAUUGAACAACAAGAAAGAGAGAAAGCAAACUUUGAGAGAAAGGAGGAGGACUUGAAGGAAAUUAUAGAGGUAGUAAAUUAAAAUGGCAUUCAAGUUAUGUUGAAAAAUCACUAUUGUUUGAAUUGUUUUGUAUUUUGAGCAUUAAACAUGAAAUAAAACACUGACAUUAUUUAACGAAACGUCAUCUAGGCUUAUAUGAACUAGAAUCAAAACUGGAUUGUAUAAUAUGCAAAACACCUGUGUUCCACACACCAUAGAAAACCAAGCAAACUCUGAAUAUGUGAUGUUCUUAAAGUAUAUGUAAAGUUGUAUUUG